AUAAAGUUAUAAAGACCUCCGAGAUAACAUCACCAAUAACCGCACUCUCUCUCGUCAGUCGUCAUCUAUCAAUCUCCGGCAGCAAGAAUGGCCUUGGUACCGGCUGGGAAUCCUAUAGUCGAGCAAUCGGAACCUGAUGUCCCUCCAGGGAUGACGGUGGAGGCGACAGCGACGGCGGAGGCAGAGCAGGGGAUUGAAACUGUAGGAGAAGCGCCGGAGGACGCGGCCGCGGCCGCGCAACCAGAGGCGACGAAGUGGCCGGGAUGGCCGGGGCAUAACGUGUUCAGGCUUAUAGUUCCGGUGGCGAAAGUAGGUAGCAUUAUCGGAAGAAAGGGCGAGCUGAUUAAAAAGAUGUGCGAGGAAACGGGAGCGCGAAUCCGCAUCCUCGAAGGGCCCCUCAGUAUUCCCGAUCGAAUCGUUUUGAUAUCCGCAAAGGAAGAACCAGAAGCACCAGUAUCACCAGCAAUGGAUGCGGUGUUAAGAGUGUUCAAACGUGUCAAUGGUCUAUCUCCUGUUGAAGGCGACAGCACAAAUGCUGCAGCUGCUGGCGCUGCAUUUUGUUCCAUUAAGUUAUUAGUUGCAAACUCGCAAGCAAUUAACUUGAUUGGAAAGCAGGGAUCCACAAUAAAAUCAAUACAGGAGAGUAGUAGUGCAGCUGUGAAGGUGUUAGCUGAAGGCGACUCGCCUUCCUAUGCUGCUUCAGAGGAGCGACUUGUGGAGAUACAUGGGGAAGCACUGAAGGUUCUUAGCGCACUAGAAGCAGUAAUUGGACAACUGAGGAAGUUCUUGGUUGACCAAAGUGUCAUCCCCAUGUUUGAGAAAAUUACACAGGAGCGUUCUGCUGAUUCCAAGCCUGAUAGAGUUCAGCCCUCACUGCAGUAUUCUGUUUCUGCUUCUCAGACAGGGAGUAUCAGUUCCGACUAUUCCCUGUCAAUAAAGAGGGAUCCUUUGCUAUUUGAACGUGACACACAUAUCGAACAACAAAAAGUUCUACAGCCUGGGCUCUCUCUGUAUGGACAAGACCAUGCACUUGGGUUGCGUUCAACAGGUCUUGCUCAUGCUAAUGUCCCCAUAGUUACUCAGGUGACACAAACUAUGCAAGUGCCACUCUCGUAUGCGGGUGAUAUCAUUGGAGUUAACGGUACACAUAUUGCCUACAUUCGCCGUGUCAGUGGAGCAGUUCUCACAAUUCAAGAGAGUAGAGGUUAUCCUGAUGAGAUCAUAGUUGAAAUCAAGGGCACUACUACCCAAGUCGAGAAGGCUCAACAACUAAUUCAGGAGUUUGUAGGUAAUCACAAGGAUCCGGUGGUGGCACCACAGAGUUCGUAUGGGAAGAUCGAUGCAGGAUAUAGUUCAUACUCGCAACAGUUGCCGGAGACCAACUAUUCAUCUUCUUACUCUCCUGGACUAGGUGGAGGAGGAGGAGGAGCUUAUGGAUCCCCUGGUUUAGGAUUAGGAGGCUAUGGCGGUUACAGAUAUUGAAUCGUACCCGUGUUGUAAUGUAAUCAAAUCUACUCUGCUGGAUUCACUCAUGGGCGCAAAUGCAAUGUUUCAGUAGUGGCUAACCGGAUAUCGUGGUUGAGUCGCUUUCGUAACAUAGAACAGAUCUUUGUAAAUCAUCAUUCCUUUCUCUCUAAAUUUGAAUUUUGGAUAGCGAAUUGUUUACCCCGUUCUAUUGCAGGUGCCAAGGUGAUUGAUGAAAUUGACGAGAUUGCGUAGAAA